AUGGGCUUGAUCGGCCACUUCGUCAAGCAUGAACUCACCAAACACACGUCCGGCUCGCACGAGACGUACAAGGGCCUGGGACACGCGGAAAAGUCCAUUGUCGAUUCCGCGAUGAGCCACUAUGGUCACGGCGAUCAUCAUAGCGCCGUCAACGUCGUCUUCAAGGGUCUGGCAGCACUAGGCAAGGCAACGCCUUAUGGCAGGGUCGCAUCCAUGUUGAUGUCGAGCGUGAAAGACGCCAAGGCGUUUGGAGGAACGUUACUUUCGCUGGUACACGGCCACAAGAAAUCUUCGUCGUCGCCAUCGUCCUCCAGUUACUCAUCAUACUGA